AUGUCGGCAGGGUCCUCUCGGACUCGGCAAGCGGCAUCCGCCGCUGGUGGAGUGCGCCGCAUGCGUUGGACAAGGGAUAUGAACGCAAACGCAUUGCGGGCGUACUAUAGGGCGAAAGGGGAAGAAACUGCGGGGAUAGCGUAUCGGGCUCGGAUGCAUUGCUUUUUUGCUGAGCUGGAGCCGUCUAUUCCCGUCACGGAACAAAACUUGGCAGACCGAGUUCGGUACAUCAUGCGCUCGAAAAUAUUCGAUGAUGCCGAGCUCGAACGACUACGACGUGAGGCCAUUCCCUCAUCGAAUGAAUUGGCUACAGCUGGGGAUGAGGCUCCUCAGGCGACAGACCAGCUGCCACGCGUAGAAGCCGCCCAUGGAUCUUCCAGUUGUGGUUGA